AUGUAUCAGUUGGGGAAGGGCGAUCUGCCCCAGCUGCUGCAGAGCCUGAAUGCGAAGCUGGGAGGCGACGUGUACCCUCCGUUUAAUGUGCAUGGAUACCUCUUGGGGGAAGAAGUCAUGCGGGAGGAGGGGCGCACGGCGGACAACUCGGACCGGCAGCAUUGGUGGCCAAAUUUCCGCGUGGUUAUGCUUCAGGAAGGGCUCCCGUCCGACUCCCGGUGCCCCAUGCGUGCCGUCUGGGCGGAGGAUGCCGAAGCUGGAGCAGCUUUCUUAGCACACCCAGCCUUUCGAAUUUCGGAGUUCUGGCUUGGAGCGCUAUCGGAAGCCCCGACGCCCCUGAUCACAAGCCUCCGAUUCCGGAUCGUCAUCUGGGACCCUAAGUAA